CCCAUGGGAUCAGAGAGGACGGAGAUGCGCAAACGGCAGAUGUCUACGACCCAGGAGACCCCAAGUGCUGCACAGGCUCAGCUCAGCACAGGAAAUCGAGGGUCCAAUGCCUGCUGCUUUUGUUGGUGCUGUUGCUGCAGCUGCUCAUGUCUUACUGUUAGAAAUCAAGAGGAAGAAAGAGCAAGGAGAACAUCUCAUGAACUCCAAGCAGAGGGUAUUCCAAACUGCGAGGAAAGCCCUGCUCCUACUCUCGAAGAAGUAAAUGCCUGGGCUCAAUCUUUUGACAAGCUGAUGCUUACUCCAGCUGGCAGAAAUGCUUUCCGUGAGUUUCUACGAACAGAAUUCAGCGAGGAAAACAUGCUUUUCUGGAUGGCCUGUGAGGAACUCAAACAAGAAUCCAACAAAAGUGUCAUUGAAGAAAAAGCAAGACUCAUUUAUGAGGAUUAUAUUUCUAUUCUUUCUCCAAAAGAGGUCAGUCUGGACUCGAGAGUAAGGGAAGUUAUUAACCGAAAUAUGCUGGAACCCUCACAACACACCUUCGAUGACGCACAGCUUCAAAUUUACACCUUAAUGCACAGAGACUCCUACCCACGGUUUAUGAACUCUGCUAUUUAUAAGGACUUGCUUCAGUCCUUGUCUGAAAAAUCCAUUGAAGCAUAGAAUUUUUUCUUAAAUGUAUUUAUUUUCAAACAAACAGAACUCUGGGCUACAAAAAUCCACAGGGAAUUUAGAAUUAAUCAGAUAUUUUACCUGAAAAUAACUCAGGCAAGUUUCACUACAGACUGAAUGUUUAAAUCCGCACAAUGUUCUGACACAAUCAGCUAAAUACAGUUUCUGAUCAAAUUUAGUGUUAUUUUGCAAAAGAGGAUGAAUGAAAGAUUCAAAAAAUGGAGUAUUUUUUCAAACACAGCACACAACUCAGAUGCAAAACUGUUACAACAUGUGUCUGAGGUACGAAUGCCAACUGAGCACGAAAUUCAAUUUUUAAGUGGAGUGUUAGAAUUUUCUUGAGAACCAAACCAGUUGCCCCAUCCACACUGUGGCCAAAAUAAAACCAUUACUGCUGAGCCUGGGUUACUCUGACAAUGCCAUCACACCUGGCACUUGUUUGGGUACCUUUCAUGCAUACAGGGUGUGCUAGUGGAAAUCGGCCUGGCAACAUCGAUUUCAAUCAAGCUUGUGAAAGUUACUGGUCGAAAUAAUGCUGCCUAUAAAAAACAGAUCUUUUGCUGAAGAAUUGUUAUUUUACUAUUAGAGUCUGAUGAAAGCAUUAAGUUCACAACGUUGAUGUUUAUAAAGUUAACUUACUUACUUAGGAGGAAGAUAACUUUGGGCAUUCGAAUUCCAAAAUAAAGCACAAGAAUUCUCA